AUUUCAAAAUUGGAUGUUCUGUAAAGUGAACACUAAAGUGUUCAGUAGUGUCUGGAACAUAUCUUUCUAUCUAUCUAUCUAUUUAGAAACUUAAUAUUGAAUUUUGUGUAAAAAGUUUGAAACAGUCUAGUGAGCAACCAAAAUCACGAUAAUCUGAUUUGCAUGUUAUGCAAAAAAAUUCCAGUAAGUAUGGCUGCACAAUAUAUCGAAAUUAUCGAAAUAUCACAAAUGUAAAUAUUGCGAUUAUGCAUAUCGUAAGGGCUUGCGAUAACUAAAAGAUUUUAAUACUUCAGAAAGUUAUGAAAAGUUGCAGAUAGCAGAGAAUGCUUUCUUUUCCUCAAAAGAACAUGAAACCUGUAUGUUGGUUAUGUCAUUUUCAGUUUUUAAAUAUGUCUGUAAAUGUAAUUUAAAUUGAUUUUACACACUUAUAGCAUUAUUUAAAAAGUUAUUGCACACUGCAUUUUUCUUCAGUAUUGUGCAGCUCUACCAGUAGUCAAUUAUUUGUGUGAAUUAAUCGACAAAUAAUUAACUAAUUGACUGAGAUGUAGCUUGUAAAUGACAAAAGCUGUAACAUAUCAUUGGGCUUUGGCUAUGAGGAAUGUAACAUUUUAAUAUUUCUCCUCUAGGACUAAUCUAUUGAUCAUUUCCUGAUACAGUAACUAACACUAAACUGUACUAGAUCACAUAGAUUUCUUCAUUAAUCUUAAUUAAACAAACCAAAUUUAACAGGUCUAAACUUAACCGGCCUCACUGAGCAAUGAAUUUGUAGACUCCUACAUUGAAAAAUAUCAAGCCCCUUCCAUGAAAUGCAUUAUCAGCCAUUUAACAUAUUCCCCUUUGGCUGUUUUUGUUUUUAAUAUGUGCAUCAUCAGUGUGUAGCUAAUCUGCACAUACUGCUUUGUGCUAUGCUUUUAGUUUCUUGAAUGAAACUCUUUAGGUUUUGCUCUUUCGACUCCUUUGUUGCUGCUGCCAUCGUUUAAAGUUCUGCGAUACGUGACGUUUUUCUUCCAGGGUGUUGCAGAUGUGUAAGGAAAAAAGAGAGUAUGAUAUUCCCUUGUGUUUUCUAUCACUCGCACCUUUAAGGGUCACAAAUUUCACAUGUACAUGGCCUGAAAUGACACCUUUUUCUGCAUUCAGCUUCUUGGUAUUUAAGCACGUUGCAAGUGAAAUUAGUCAGUCUGUCUUGUUGUGUGUUCUUUAAACCUUUAAACAGUGUUUGGCCUGAAAACAGUUUUGCGCAAGGUGCCGUGUGGUGCUUUUGUAGCAGAGCUGCAGCUUCACUAGUGUAUUACAUUCUAGCCAGAAAUAGAGUGCAUUUUGAUUGGAGGUGAACGCUCAUCAGAAGAUGAUUGACGUUAAAGCUUGGGCGGAGUACGUGGUGGAGUGGGCUGCCAAAGACCCCUACGGCUUCCUCACAACCGUCAUCCUGGCCUUGACCCCGCUUUUCAUCGCCAGCGCUCUGCUUUCUUGGAAACUUGCAAAGAUGAUCGAGGCCAGGGAUCGCGAGCAGAAGAGGAAGCAGAAGCGUCAGGAGAACAUAGCGAAAGCCAAGAGAGCCAAAAAGGACUGAACUGAAACAGCUAAGGGAUGCAGAGGGAUCAAUGCAUAUGU